AUGGCUACACGAAAAGAGCGGAAUAACAUAAGGAUAAGGAAACUGGUGGCUGACUUCCGCGCCGCGUACGACCCGCGCGUGAAGCAACUGGACGCUGACAUCCUCGAAUGGCAGCGCUCGCAUGGAAUCGUCAUGGAAAGGGCCGAGGAAGGAGCCGAGGAAGGAGCCGAGGAAAGGACCAUGGAAAGGGCCAAGGAAAGGGCCGAGGAAAGGGCCAAGGAAAGGACCAAGGAAAGGGCCGAGGAAAGAGCCAAAGAGAGGGCCAAGGAAAGGGCCGAGGAACGGUUCGAGGAAAGGGUCGAGAAAAGGGCCGAGGAAAGGGCCGGAGAAAGGGUCGAGAAAAGGGCCGAGGAAAAGGCCAAGGAAAGGGCCAAGGAAAGGGCCAAGGAUAGGGUCGAGAAAAGGGCCGAGGAAAGGGUCGAGAAAAGGGCCAAGGAUAGGGCCAAGGAAAGGGCCGAGGAAAGGGCCGAGGAAAGGGUCGAGAAAAGGGCCGAGGAAAGGGCCGAGGAACGGGCCAAGGAAAGCGCCGAGGAAAGGUUCGAAAGAAGGGCCGACGAAAGGGCCAAGGAAAGGGCCAAGCAAAGGGCCAAGGAAAGGGCAGAGUCGGCCAAGUCGGAGCACAAGAAAAGGAGUGGAAACGGCAGCGGCAAAGACAAGGAAAAGAACCCAGCCGUCUACUGGCAGUACGAUUUGAUGGACUUUAGGCGUGGGGAGAUUUUGCUGUACCGCGAGGGCGAUUCCCUGUAUCUUCAUGCGGUCUACGAGUCCCGUGGACGGCGACGGGAGAUGAAGAGUGAAAUUGUGCUGCCCGUGAAUGUGGAACAGUCGAAAAUAUCCGCCAAAUUAUCAUCCUGCGGCGUGCUGACUAUUACCGCGCCUCUCCAGACCGAUAUACCCGAAGAAAUGAUGCGUUAAAUAUACAUUUUGUUCUGUUAUUGAU